AUGGAUAAAGUAGAAUCAGAUUGUGUACUCUGUAUAGAAAAAGUAGACAUAAUUGCAUUAGGUCAUUGUAAUCAUAAGACAUUUUGUUAUUAAUGCAUGAUUAAAAUGAGAGUAAUAAGCAAAAUAAAAAUGUGUCCUAUUUGCAAAUAAUAAUUAGAUAAGAUAAUUCUCACCGACAAUCUUAAUGCUUAAUAUAAAGAUUAUCAAAUAAAUAAACUUAUUCCAAUUGCAUAUUCAGUAUAAUAUUAUUAUAUAUGACUUCUUUAGAUGGAAGCAAAGGAUGUCUUUUAUACUGAUUCUGAAGAUAUUAAAUCUAAAGUAGAAAGUCUCAAUUAAUUCAAAUGUCCAUUUUAAGAAUGCUAAAUUGAAUAGUAGAUUAAUAAUUACAAUCAAUUAAGAAAUCAUCUAAAAGAUUAACAUCAACGAUAUUUUUGGUAUCUGUAAAUUUCAUAAUUAUUAGUGAAGUUUGUAUAGAAUAAAAGACUUGCUUUCUUGUAGAAUAGUAAGUUUAUACAGAAUAGUAAUAUCGUCAUCAUUUAUAAUAUGGAGAUUAUGAUGAGGAUAGUAAUCUCAUCUUUAAACAUCCUUAUUGUAAAUAUUGCAAGAAAAACUUUUAUGAUGAAGAUAAAUUCAAAUAACAUUUGAACAUAGUCCAUAUUAAUUGUAAUAUGUGUGAGAAUAGUAAGUUUAUAUUUUACAAGGAUCAUGGAAGUUAUGAAAAGCAUUUGAGACUAUCUCAUUUUUGUUGCGAAGAGAUAGAAUGUAAAUAAAUGUUAGUUGUAUUUAAAACUUCAGGAGAAUUAGAUUUACAUAGAAAUUAAGUUCAUUGUCAUGAUCAAAGAAUUAAAAAAUUUAAUCAUCAUAAUCUUCAAUAAUUUGCUGGAUUUUAUGAUAAUAAAAAAUAAAUGAAAUAAUAUAAUGAUAAUGAAGGAUUGGAUUUUAGUGAUUAAUUUCCAUCACUUAGAUAAACUAAUUUAAGAGCUGUUGUACAUAUUGAUUAACAUAAUGAUGAAAAAAUUGAUUUUAGAGACUUUUUAUAUGUUGAUUAUAAUGAUGAAAUUGAUAAAUAAUCUGAUCAUAGUGAAAAACUUCAUUAUUAAUAAAAUAUUUAAUUAGAAGAUAUAAGAAUAGUAAAACCAUCAUCAAUCCCUAGUAUUAAUUUUGAUUAUUUUUUGAGAAAAUGUUCAUUCUUUUUUAAAAAUCAAAAAGGAAAAGAGGAUUAAAUUAGAAAAAUGAUAAGCAUGUUUGAAUAAGAUAGAUUUAAUGCUGAAAAAUUUGUUAGUGAUUUUAUUAAAAUGUUUGAAUUAAAAACAGGAUUAAGAUUGAUAACUUUUUAUAUGGCUAUGAGAGAUGUUAAAGAAAAUAAAAAUAAAUGGAAAAUUCUUGAUGAUGCAUAUUUUAAAGAAUUAUAAAAAUUACCAAGAAGAUAUAAUUCUAUUAUUAUGAAUUGUAACACUUAUUCAGAAUUGUUUUUAAAAUUAUUAGAUGAAUUGAACAAAAAUUUAGUUUAAAGAAUUGAAACAGGAGAACUUAAAAAUUAUGCUGAUACAAUAAUGCCAAAAGAAAGAAUCUUUUAAUUUAUUGAAGUACUCAGACAUGUAAGAACCUAAGAGAUGGGUAAGUUUAAAUUUGCAUUAAAUUUUGGUUUAUUAUAAUAAGUAUUAGAACACAUUAAAUAACACAUAUUAUUAGAUGAUCUAUCAAACAUUUAAUGUAAUUUAUAAAUAUAUAAUUAGAACAUAUAUCAAAAAUUACCAAUCGUGAUUUAGUUCCUUUUUAUUUGUAUGUAAAUUUAAGUUCAAAGAUAUUAAAAGGGGAAUAAAUACACAAAGAAUAGAAGGAUGUUAAUGAAUGCGUUUAUAUGGAAUUUUUCUAAAAAAACGAUUAAUUAUUUAAACUAAUUUCAAAACCUGAUAAAGUUGAAUAAACUAAAUAAUUAUGCUGUUAGAAAUAACCAAAAUAAUAAAAUGGUUUAGAAUUGGAUACAUAUGAUUUUCCAACUUUACGUAAUUUUUUAGUAAAAAUUGAAUAGCAAAAACACAGAAAAAAGAAUAGACUUUAGUUGAUCAAUUUUAAGUAAAAAUUGUUGAUCCUUAAAAAUAAUAAUAGUAAGAAAAGAAAAAAAAAUAAAAUAAUUAAACUAAAAAAGGAAAAUGGGAAGAAAGUGAAUCUGCAAUAUUUUAAAAUUAAACUAUUGAAGAUGAAUAAUUUCCAACUAUUUCAUCCCAACCAAGUAUUUAUUUAAAGUAUAAUUAGGUUAAAUAUAACCGAAACAAGUAAAUAAAGUGUUAGGAACAUUUGUUGAGGAUGAUAGUUUUAUUCCACUUACUACUUACUAACCUAUUAGAAUUAUUGAAGGAACAGAAUGGGAUACAAAUCCAAUAGUACCAGUAUUUAAAUUUUAUUAAUUAAUUAUAGAAAAAAAACUAAUAAAUGAAAGAAGUUGCAAAGAUAAAGAAGAAGAAUAAGACAAUCGUAUAAAUAUCUGGUGGGUUUUGUUGAU